CGACGCCAUUGUUGUUUACAAGCGGCGUGAAAGCACAUGCCACUGUCAGUCGAUCAGUCAAAACGUGUUGAGACACAGGACUAGGAACCAGACUGGGACUUUAAGUUGUGACACCAUUUCCAAGACUCAUCAUGCCUUUGAUUGAAGAGAUAACUGAAGAUGAGCCGGUUUUAGUUGAGAAACCAAAACGAGUUCAGAUUGAAGUUGUAGAAAAGGGGUCUUCAGAUGUGGUGGGACCACCACUGGUAGAGAACCAAAAUGGAGACCAACAGAAUGGAAAGGAGUCCGAUGAGGAUGCUGAUGAAAAAGACAAGGAAGAUGAAAAUGAAGGUCACAAGGAAGAUACCGGAGAUGGAGAUAAGACAAAGGAUGAGAAGACAGUCAGCCAAGACGAUCCAUCAAAAACUAAAACCAAGAAUGACUGGCCAAGAUUGACUAAGGCGUUUUUGAAGCAGCAUUGUAAGGAUUUGAAGCUGUAUCUCACCCCAGCUUUAAAUGAUGUUUUAUACCUUCACUACAAAGGUAUCUUUGAGAUUGAGGCUCUUGAGGAGUACACAGGCCUCAAGUGUCUAUGGUUGGAAGUAAAUGGGAUCAAGAAGAUUCAGAAUCUGGAGAACCAGGUGAAUUUGCGCUGUCUGUUCCUCCAACAGAACCUGAUAGACCGUCUGGAGAACCUGGAGCCACUUCACCAACUAGAUACCUUAAACGUCAGUCACAAUGUCAUCCGCAAGAUACAGAACCUUGCAUGUCUGCCUGUCCUCAACACUCUGAAUAUAUCCCACAACAAACUGAGCUCCGUCGAGUCCCUGGAACACUUGACCGAGUGUGAAAGUCUCAGUGUCCUCGAUCUGUCCCACAAUUCCAUUGAAGACCCUGCUGCUAUCAACGUCUUUGAGAAAAUGAAGUCCCUGAAAGUUUUGAACUUGAUGGGAAAUGGAAUUAUCAGGAACAUCAAGAACUACAGAAAGACCUGCAUUGUUAAAAUGAAAAACCUGACCUAUUUGGAUGACCGACCAGUUUUCCCCAAAGACAGAGCUUGUGCGGAGGCAUGGGACAGAGGUGGUGUGGAGGCUGAGCGUGAGGAGAGGGAGAUGUGGAUAAACAGGGAUAGAAAGAAGAUCAAAGACAGUGUUGAUGCCAUGUUGGGUAUGCGUAAGCGAGGGGAAGCCAAACGAAUCCAGAGGGAACGUGAUGCAGCUGGGCUGGAAGGAAAGGUGGAUGUAGACAGUGUUGAUUGGCUGACAGGCACCUACAGACUAGAGGGCAGCACUGAGGUGUUACGACAGAAGGAGGAAGAUGAUGAAGAAGGUGAAAAAGAAGACGACGAAGGCGAUAAGGAGGAAGAUGAUGAUAAUGAUGGAGAAAUCCCAGUAAUAUGUGGAAAACCUCCGAUGUCAGAAACAGGGAUCUUCUCUACUGAAAAAUCCAAGUCUGAUGGCGGAAGUACACGUCUUUUUAUCACAGAGGAUAAAGGUGACUCAGACAAGGAUGAAGACGAUGAGGAUGUACCUGACCUGGAGGAUGUGGAUGUAGAGGAACAGUUAGUCCCCCAGGAGACCAAGAAAACAUACAAGCCAAAGAUAGAAAUGAUGAAUGAUGAUGAUGAGGACACAAACAAAGAUGGAGGUUCUACAAGAUUAUUGAUAGAGGAAGUUCCUACACGAGCUCCACAGACAGAUACACAAACAGACAGCAGGGUCUACACGAUUGUUGAUAGAGGAAGUUCCUACACGAGCUCCACAGACAGAUACACAAACAGACAGCAGGGUCUACACGAUUGUUAAUAGAAGAAGUUCCCUCCACAACACAGACAAGCACUGGAUCCAGUAACAUGUCAUAUGAAGCCACACAAGAUAUACAUUCACAGGAACUCCUCGGCAACCUCAGGAAAAUGGACGGCACCGGAGUCAAAAAGAUGGGAACUAUUCAGUUCACAGAGGAAGAGAAGGAAGCUAUGAGUAAAAAGACCAAGGAGGAGAAAAUUAAUGACUUAGCUACAAAUGUUGGUUCCACGGACAGUAAAUCAGAUGUCAUCGACAAACUUCUGUGGAAUGAUUCAGAACUUGAUUGAUAUUUAUAGUCAUCAAGUAAAGUCUCAUUGUCCAAGGUAGACAACUCCUUGAUCUGUAAUGGACUACAGAUUUGAUAAUCCUUUAGGUUAAACAUGUUGAAUAUCAGAUAUUCAGAUAUCGUCUGGAUAAAUGUGGUCACAUUAUCAACAUGUUAGAAUUCCAAGCCACUGGAGUAAGAAGAUUUACGAUACAACUUCAAUGUGGUAUUACUGAAUUCCUGCUGGAGAUUCUGUUAUAUGUUGACUUCAGUUUUACAAGUCAUGCCAGAAGAUGCAUGAAAAUUCUCAACUUUUUAAUAGGAUCAGUAUAUUUCAGUAAGAUACAGUUAAUGAUUAAAAAUCCAUACAUCAAGCUUUUAUAGCAGAACUGGGAUGAGAUGAUGCUCAUCAGAAAACAUGUGACACAAUUUUUUUCCAUGUUUAUUGUUUAAGAUAUAUAAUAUGUAUACAAUUACCAGGUACAUGUUAGCUGUUGUUUUGUAGUGUAACUGCUCCAAACUAGAUUUAUGUUCAUGUCAUCACAAGAUAUGUCUGUAUUUUAUCUUAGAAUCAAAGUAUAGUGAGCCAGUUUUAUUUUUUGAAACCAUAAUUCAAAUAUGAUAUACAAUGUAUAUUUACUGUAAUGAUGAUUUUUAACUGUGAAAAUGCUGAAGUUGCAUGAAAUAUUGGCAUGCUGUCUCUGAACUGCUGAUGUUUAUAAAUUCCUAAUAGAUGUAAUAAUGUGUUGAUGAGUUAAAUGAGCUGAUGUGGAUUGAGGAAAGUCGUCAGUAGAUCAAGUACUCGGGUAUAUCCAGAUUUCUAUCAACCUAUUUAUACAUAAAUAUUGUUUUAGUUGAGUAUUAAACUUUCACUAAAAACGUUAUUGACAUGAAAAAAAAUAGAUAGAAAUAAUUCAAAAUUAUUCAACAAACAUGUAUUUGUCAAGCUGAUUUUGAACUUCUUUUUUUAAUUGUUUCAUGAAAGCAUAAUUCAUUUUGAUCUGUAAUGAGCCAUUACAUCAACAAUUCUGUGUUCAAAGUUUUUUUUGAAGUAUCUUGAAAAAUCCUGCAAUUGAUUUAAGUCAAAAUUUAGUGAUAUAUUUUGUUUAAAUUUUUAGAUGAAAUAUAUGCUAGUCCUUCUUAUAUGGUACUGGUAUGGAAGCUGUGGUGUGAGAUCCGUGGGAGUCGAGGAUGUGUGCAAUGGUUGGCUGUACUGUAGCGUUAAUUAUGUACCAAGUAUUUAUCAUUAAUUAGUGACAGAAUUGAUGUUAUGAAACUCCUAUAUUGUACAUACUGUUACCGAUAGCAGUUACCAUAUAUAAAACCCUCGGCAAGGGUCGACACCAAUCGCUAUCCAGAGUUAUCUUUAAUUACUGUUAGUGAGUGUAAGGAAAGACAACUCUGGGUGUAGAUUGAGAUUAACACUGUUGGUCAUCUAAUCAAAGACUGAACAGUGAUCCAGAGACCUUGUUAUUGUGGUGUGAUAUCACUUAAUAUCAAAUCAUCUUGUACAGCAAGUAAAAUGAAACUGGUUGAAAUUAUGGAUAAGAAGGCAUAUGUAGCAGAACUGGACUGCUGGGCUCAACUCAAAUAGUUAGAGCAUUCAUCAAGAAUUUGGAGGUAACCGCUUCAAGUCCAGGUCUGGUCGCUGCAUUUUUCCUCUCCUGUUAAAUAUAAACCACCAUGAUGUAUAGUACUCCAACAAUGUUAGAGGUUUUACACGGCGAGAUACUUUUGACAGGCGCCGUGUCGCAGUCGGCAAAAUAAUAUCCGAUAGAAAAAGAGCCGGCCAGCGGCCUCUUAUGUUAUAGGAGUAAAUGUAUAGUUAAUCGACACAACACAUUCCGUCCACCCAAGUCUUUGUACAGAGAUACUUGUUAUACAGGUAUUGUUUGUCCUAUUUAUGAUAUACAUAUAUAUAUAUAUGUAUGAAAAAUCUAUAUGUUUUGCAGUGAAAAAACUUUCAUAAUAUCUUGAGUAUAAUGACCAUUGUCCAUUGUAAAGUCAGAAUCAUAACACGACACAUUAUGCUUAGAUUCCAUCCACUCUUUGAAAAUAGGUUGUACAUCAAACAUUUUCGGUUUACAAUAUAUAAACAUUCCAUCCUUAACUAUGCAUAUUCUUCUUGGUUUAAAAUGUAUGAUCAGUCAAUCCAUACAUUGACAAAUUUAUGAACAAUCUAUCCAUAUCUCGGCUGGUUUAAAUGUCCUAUUUGGUAAUUUUAUGAACAUUUCACCCACACUUCGGCGGGUUGUAAAUAUCCUACAUGGUUUACAAUGUAUAAAUAUUCCGUCCUUACUGUGUUGUAUACAUUGUAUUAUUCUAGCCACAUAUUUAUCAUACAUUCAAGUCCCAAUACUGUUUUACUGGUUUCAUUUUGAAUUUUUUAUAUGCAUUCAUUACAUGAUUAAAAUUGAAUCACAAUAUGUGAUGGUCAUAGUUUUACUGCUGGGAUUGCACUUCAUAAACUUAUCGCUUUCAUCCUUACAAUCCAAGAAAAUCUGUAUUUACUGUAGUACAUUAAGAGUUUGGUGCAGAUUUUAUGUUAAAUGUUGCUGAAUGUUCAAUUAUUGACCAGUAUUGUAUAGGUCUAACUUAAGACUGAUUUGAAAAUUUGUUGUAUUCAUUAUAUUUAUAUGAAAUCUUUAUUGAAAGGAAUUUAAUAAAUUUGGUUUAAAACAA